AUGUCGGGGCGAGCGUUGAUGUUCCUUUUGGUGUGUUGUGGGGUGUUGUUCGCCGCGGUGGUUCUGGCAGACGAGAGCAAUGGGACUGUUACUGGAAGAGAGGAAGAUGUGGAGACGUUCGAAGAGGUGGAGAAAAGGUUCAAGAAAGCCAUGGGAUCGGCUGUUAGGUCGAUUUUACCCUACCUCAUGCAAGGAGGAGAUGGAGUCGAAAUAUCUGGUCCUUGUAUGUCCAGCCUCAUGAGGAUCAUUGGAGGGGUCCGGCAACUGAGAGAAUGGGCAGUCAGGUUUAUUGAUGCUACCGGCAAAAUACCACCAGGCAUAUUGGAAGGUACAUCGAUAUCUGUCGGGGACUACGACGAGUGUUUGGACAUCGAGGUUGGAAGAAGAGAUGAUCCCCCCAAAACGACGGAGGAAGUCGUGUUCAGAGGAAAAUACUGCCUCCUGGAGAGCCACAGGCCCGAAGGGAUCAACAGAGCCAUUGAAGAUUUCCAGAACGGGAAUCUGGAUAGUCCCAUUGCAAAAACCAAAACGCUCCUGAACAUGUUUGUGAGAUAUAAACACUUGACAAACAACACGUUUAAAUUAGGCAUUUGCAUGCCAUCAAAGUGCAGCAAGAGGGACCUGGAAAACUUAUUGAAUACAGAUACGUUUCAAUUUGCUGGGAAAAUAACUGUAUCGUACUGUAAACAAAAAGACAACUACGUGGAAAAAUCAGCAGACAUCAUUCUAAUAAUAUGCAUAUUCAGCGUCAUUCUAGCCGCAAUGAUCAUAGGUACCACUCUGGAUGUUCUCCUUAGGCUUUUCAAGAGGGACAAAAUUUCGAAAACAAAUCCAGCUAUCAGAAAUUACUUAAUUCAAGUCGCAAGGAGCACCUCACUGUACAACAAUGCUUUGGAAGUAUUAAAUACCGAGAACUGUACUGAAACUAUUAAAUGCUUGUGCGGACUCAGGCCCAUCACUGUCAUGCUAACGAUUUACAGUCACACUUACGGUCAUCUUCAUCUUCUACAUUUUCAAAAAUUCAGUAAAGCAGCCAAUUUCUUGAAAUUCUUCGAAAGCUUCACAUUUUCGGGAAUAGCUAAUGGUUCUGUAGGAAUGGAUACAAUGGCGUUCAUAGCAGGAAUUACAAUCACAUACAACAGAUGGCGUUUUAUUUCUGAAAAGGGGAAAGUGAAUUUAAACGUCUGCAAAUUGCUUUGUGGUCGAUAUUGCAGAAUGACUGCAGCGCAACUUUUAGCCAUCAGUGUCUUUCUAGUUCUGCCUUUAAUCGGAUCUGGUCCUUUCUGGAAGCCCUACAUGGGCCCUAUGUUGAACAAUUGCAGAGAAAGGUGGUGGAUGAAUAUUCUAUACAUCAACAAUUUCUGGCCCUCUAUAGACGCUUGUCUGUAUCAAACAUGGGUUCUGGCAGUCAUCAUGCAGUUGACUUUAAUUUCAGCUAUUAUCAUCUGGAUUCUCAAAAAGUCCCGGAAAUUCGGCAUCCUCACGUGUGCUGCGUUAGUCCUCUCCUGUAUCAUAGGAGUAGCUGUCAUCACAAUCACACAGCAAUUACCUGGAAGCAUGGCAUUUUUCAUGCUGGAUUUCAGAACUGCACCCAUCACUUGGCGAGACAUAUACAUACUGCCGUACGACCAUUUAGGUCCAUUCUGUAUUGGACUUCUGGCUGGAUAUUUCUUGGGCGAGAAAAAAGAUGAACUGCCAAUCAGUAGAGCUACCAGUGUUCUCUUGUGGAUUUCUUCAACAAUUUGCAACACUGCCGUAUUGUUUGGACUGUACAGUUACAGACACGGUGAAAAAAUGGAACCAGCACUCUCUGCGUUUUACGCGGUAAUGCACCGAAAUGUAUGGGCUCUGGGCAUUGGAUGGCUUGUUGUGGCAUGCGCCACGCGGCAUGGAGGUGCCGUGACGCGCGUACUGCACUCCAAGGUGUUCAUUCCGAUGGACCGGCUUUGCUACAUGGCCUUCUUGAUGCAUAUUCCAAUUAUGUAUUUUCACAGUGGUGUUCUAAGAGAGCGAAUGUACAUGGGUCAUAUUGAAAUGCUUUUCUUAGCAGUGGGCUACAUCGCCCUCUCCUUCCUGGUAUCUUUUGUCCUGCACAUAAUCUUCGUCCAGCCUUACUACGUCAUCGAGAGGCAAGUGUCUUCGUUCUUCUUCUCCAGAGACAAAGGAAGUUUCGAGUUCAGGAACGAAGUGAAAGGAACUCUUUCCGCCAAUUCCACAAGUGCCAUUCCAGGAGAAGUUGUUGCUAACAAAGAAUGUAUUAAUUUAGCCUACUCCAGGACGUUGGAUGGGCUAUAAAAGGUCGUCUGGAUAGUUUUUCUAUUUUCG